UUUAACUAUUGUAGUUACUAUGUCGUUUAUAUUUAUAGAAAAUCUACAGCCAUGCGUGUAGAACUUUAUAGUUUCACUCAUUCAAGUGUUUGUGUUUUAACUAUAUAAUUUAUAUUUUUAUACUUAUUCCUUCUAAACUUAAAUUUUUAUUAAUUAUUUUGAAAUGGGCCUCUCAUUAUUUACAAGUUUUCGUAGAAGCUUAAAUUAUCGGUUAGGAAGGUUUUACAACUCGUUUUACUACGCACAGAGUAAUAACAAAUAUGUUAUGUUGUUCGCAUUCCCAGCUUUCAUUUGGUAUGUAAGGUAUAGAGCCGAUACUAAACUGGGUUACAGACUGUAUAUAUCACCUACUGCUGGUGGACCAUUAGAUUACCUUGAACUAUCUGAUAUUCCAUCAACUACCAAAGAUGAUAACAAGGAUCAAUCAUUUUUAACAUCCUCUUAUGAAUUCCUUGUAGAUAAAUAUGAUUGGCUUUCUAAAAAGGUUUUGAAAUCGGGACCGCCCAUUAAACACUGGAAAAAUGGCAAAAAAAUAUAUCUUUCAGAUGAUCUGACUGUUAAGGAGUUAAAGAGGAUUAUUUACGGAGACAGCGUUUCUUCUAAGGACGUACUAGUUGGGUGUAAAGGCAGAGUAAUGAACGAUGAUGAUAACCUGGCUCUAGCAACAAGAGCUUUCUGCAAACGUGACCCAAGGCUCGUACUAUGGAGGGAGCCACAACAACUUUAAUAA